AUGCAAGGCGAAAUCGUGCGCCGAGGGGAGGCGCUCCUGGGCAUCGCCAAGGAGGUGCAGUGCCGACGCAGGGUCUUCGGGAUCAGUCUACUUGGGGCGAUCCUCUUGACACUUGGCCUCCUCUUCUUCCCACAGAUCUUAGGUGGAGGCCGGGAUCAAGACCUGCAGGGCGAGGAGAGACCCGGAAUCACCAGCCGGGCGCAGUUCCCAGGAGUUCCCGGACUACCAGGGCACCUCAGUGGUGUCAACCUGGGUGGCUGGUUGUGCUUAGAGGAUUGGUUCUACUCCGGGGACACCGGCGUGCACGUCUCCAGCAUUGAUGAGGCCGGCCAGGGCGCCUGCCUUCCGCCAGCUGUGACGCAGUUGGAGAAACCUUGGCCUUCUGAGGGCCACUUGACCUUUAGGUUGAACCAGACGAAGGGGACCAAGUUCGCAAUCAAGGCCCUGACAGCACACCGCCAUUCCUUCAUCGGCGAGACGGACUUGGCAGCCAUCCGUGAGCUGGGGCUCAGUGUAGUCAGGGUGCCCAUUACUUGGGCUGCCUUUGCGGAUGCCCUCGUGCCUCUAGACCAGCAGGUCUACGGAUCUCACAACCCGCACACUGAAACAGCGAUCGUCCCAGACCCCUUCUACAACGACCGGGCGGCCUUCGCAACGAUCCCCCGCGACUGGCUGGCACAGCUGCUGCGGCGAUGCGCCGAGCAUGGCUUGAAGGCCCUCAUUGACCUCCACGCCUUCCCUGGUGGGGCAGCCCUGGGAACCUACAACGGUGUGUGGCCUGACAAGCCGGCCUUUUGGCGGAAUCAGACCAAGAUUGGGAAGGAGCCCCUGACACAGGUGGGUCUGUGGAUUGUGAGCUCGGCCGUGACAUGGUUGGAAAGCCUCGAUGUUGAGGCCCAGGCCGGCCUUUUGGGCCUCACCGUCAUGAACGAGCCCGCCCACCUCAACUCGGGAGCAAAGUUCGCAGAGGAGGCAGACGUGCUCAAGUGGCUGGCCAAUGCGGCACAGAUCUUCCGCUUGUCCACGCUGCCCAGCCAGGGUGUCAAGCUCUACAUGCAGCUGAUCGACACGGCCUUCCAAAAUUUCACAGAGACCGUCGUGCCAUGGUUCUCCCAGACAUUCACAGCCAGCGAGAGGUUGAGCUGGGUGGUUGCCGAUCAACACUGGUACACAGCGUGGGACGCGGGCCAUUGUGACAUGCGCACGUCGGAGGACGGAGGCCUCACGUGCGACACGCCCUUGGAGACCAUAAGACGUAAGAUGCGCUCUUGCGCUACCGCCUUCUCCUCCAAGUUCAACAGCCAGUUCGGCGGGCUCAUGGCCGUGAGCGAGUUCUCGGCCGGCACGGCCGACGAGGUAUGUUUGAGAGUUCAUGGUGAGAAGUCCUUGCGUGGGGAAGUAGUGACGAAGAACGAGACUGACCCGGCCUUCGAGCCUGGAUGGAGCCUCCGCUGGCUGGCCGGCCUCGAGGAGCCCCUGAGGGCCUUGCCAUUCUUGCCGCGAGAAGUGCAGGCAGCUCUGCACAUCCGCUUGCAGGCUGUGAUCAGCACCGCGCUGAGACACCUGUUCGGAGGCUAUGCACCCACGUUCUCACAUAUGAUCUUGUUGAUCAUGCAGGCGGUCCAUGCUGCGGGGGCUCGAAGCAGCUUCGAGUCGGUUCGUUGGACCUGCAUGCAGAUCAUCGGUGAGCUGUGCAAAGUGGCACCGCUUGUGGCGCUGCCCAAUGAGGAUGGCGAAGAAACUGCCUCAGGCUGCUCCGAUUUGGGAGACUGGUCUGAGUCGUUGGCGCUGCUGCUGCCACGGAUGGGUGAUGGCUCUAAGGCGGUGGCUGCAGCCAGCUUGGAUGCUGUGCAGCAGCUCCUGGCACGAUGCACCUUCACACAGUCCGUCCGCAUAGGCGGGGCAGACGAGUACCACAAGCUUUCGGAGGACGAAUCUGCGAGCUUCAGCGAGGAACAGACAGGCCUCGUCGUGGAAAGCAUCGAAUUGCGCGGGGAUCCCGUCCCUGCCUCUCAGCAGCUGGUUGGAGCGUUGGUCGCCAAUUUGCCUGCCGCCGCGAUGCCGACGAUGGUGCAACAUCUCAUGCCCGCGAUGCAUGAUGCGGAUAGCCACGCAGCACUGACUGGCGCAGACGCACUGUACUUGAUCCUCGAGUCCUGCGUCGAGAAGAUGGAUGCGGAGGCGGCGUCCAACGUGGUCAGCACCGUCUUCGAGGAGGUGGAGAAAGUGUGCCACAGCUCCGUGCGCCAGCGCGUGCUAUCCUGCAUCAAGGUGCUGGCUCUCCACCAUUUCGAUGCUGUGAUGGAGGAGCUGCUGGGCAUGGGCCCAGACCUCAACAUGUCCAUCAUGGGCACCUUGCAGGUGAUGGCCAAGGAGAAUUCUCUUCUGCUGAAGCUCCUCAAUCAUCUGACGGUAGCUUGCUUGCAUUCAAGUGGCACUAAACCCUAA